CUUUGCUGCCGGUCCUCGAAGCGCUGCCGCUCAUCAUCAUCAUCCUCGUCGCCAUCCGCGCGAAUCUUUUGCGCCUCGCGGCCUAUCCUCUCGGGGCGACGGCGAUGGUGCUUCGACUUCGACUUCCACUUCCUCCGCGAAUCAGAAGAACCCGCCGGUGAAGAGACUGGAUCGGACGUCGUGGUGGACUUCCGAUGGCAAUUUCCGCUUCGGCGGCGAGAAAAUUGCCGGACAAUCCCACGAAUAGUAGUAAGCCAAUCCUCCGGUUUCUCGUCCGGUUUAGGCCGAGUCUCUCCUUCAAACGCCGACUUCGUCUUGCGAUUGCUCGAAUUGUGGAGCGUUGUUUGGGGUUUGGAGAGAGGGAGGGAUUUGAGCUCGCGGAGACGGGGCUCGAGGUCGGAGGGCAAGAGGGAAGUCGUCGGCGGCAAAGGAGGAGCAGUUUGAUGGCUGCCAUUUGCUCGUGGACGCAGAGGUCCUUGGUCUAAGAAAUGAGGUCUUCCGCUGCGGAGUCGUCGGUGUCGAAAAGGUUUCUUGCAGAGUUUUUGGAUGACUACAUCGCACGUGAGGCUAAUCAUCCAAAUGCGUGAAACAAACAAGUGGGGACCGUAAACCGAGGAGUGGAAAUAGCGGCCCCUUUAAAGAAAUGUUCCAAAAACUCGGAGUAGACACUGUUCCGGUACUUAUUGGCCCGGUGUCCUAUCUGCUGCUAUCCAAGCCUGCAAAGGGUGUUGAGAAGACCUUCUCUCUUCUGUUCCUUCUCAAAAAAAUACUUCCCAUCUACAGGGAAGUCGUCUCCGAACUGAAGGCUGCUGGCGCUUCAUGGAUUCAGUUUGAUGAACCCGCCCUUGUGACUGAUCUUGAUUCUCACGAACUGCAAGCAUUCACUGAAGCGUACUCGGAACUAGAAUCAUGUCUUUCUGGCUUGAAUGUUGUCGUCGAAACCUAUUUUGCUGACGUUCCUGCCGAGGCAUAUAAAGUUCUUACAUCCUUGAAGGGUGUCGCUGGAUUUGGAUUUGAUUUGGUCCGUGGGACCAAGACCCUUGAUUUAAUCAAGGGCGGUUUCCCCACAGGCAAGUAUCUCUUUGCUGGAGUUGUUGAUGGGAAGAACAUCUGGGCCAAUGAUCUUGCUGGAUCACUCGUUACCCUCCAUGCUCUCGAGAGCAUUGUGGGAAAAGACAAACUUGUGGUCUCCACCUCCUGCUCUCUUUUGCACACUCCUGUUGACCUAGUUUAUGAGACCAAGUUGGAUAAGGAAAUCAAGUCAUGGCUUGCAUUUGCUGCUCAGAAGGUCGUUGAAGUCAAUGCCUUAGCCAAGGCAGUGGCUGGAGAAACGGAUGAGGCAUUCUUCUCAGCUAAUGCUGCUGCUCAGGCCUCAAGAAAGUCCUCUCCAAGAGUCACAAACGAAGCUGUCCAAAAGGCUGCUGCUGCUUUGAGGGGCUCUGAUCAUCGCCGUGCCACAACUGUGAGUGCUAGACUUGAUGCUCAGCAAAAGAAGCUUAAUUUUCCAGUCAUCCCAACAACCACCAUUGGCUCCUUCCCUCAGACCGAGGAACUCAGAAGAGUGCGCCGUGAGUAUGAGGACAAAAAGAUCUCUGAGGAACAAUAUGUUAAGGCCAUCAAGGACGAAAUUAACAAAGUUGUCAAGCUUCAAGAGGAGCUUGACAUAGAUGUCUUGGUUCAUGGGGAGCCUGAGAGGAACGAUAUAGUUGAAUACUUUGGGGAGCAGUUGUCCGGAUUUGCUUUCACCGUUAACGGGUGGGUGCAAUCUUAUGGUAAUCAUUGUGUGAAACCACCCAUCAUCUAUGGUGAUGUGAACCGCCCCAGGCCAAUGACCGUCUUCUGGUCCACCACAGCCCAGAGCAUGACUACUCGCCCGAUGAAGGGAAUGCUUACAGGCCCUGUCACCAUUCUCAACCGGUCCUUUGUCCGAAAUGACCAACCCAGGUUCGAAACUUGCUAUCAAAUUGCCUUGGCCAUCAAGGACGAAGUUGAGGAUCUCGAGAAGGCAGGGAUUAAUGUUAUUCAGAUUGAUGAGGCAGCUUUGAGAGAGGGUCUGCCACUGAGAAAGUCUGAGCAAUCUCUCUACUUGGAUUGGGCUGUACACUCUUUUAGAAUCACUAACUGUGGUGUCAGGGAUACUACUCAGAUCCACACUCACAUGCGCUACUACUGCUUCCGCGACAUCAUCCCCUCAUUCAUCGACAUGGAUGCCGAUGUCAUCACAAUGGAGAACUCUCGCUCUGAUGAGAAGCUCCUCUCAGUUUUCCGUGAGGGAGUCGAGUUUGGUGGUGGGAUUGUCCCCGGUGUCUAUGAAACCCACUCUCUCAUAAUACCGUCGGCUGAAGAGAUUGCUGACAGAACCACCAAGAUGCUCGCAUCAAACAUAUUGUGGCUUAACCCUGACUUUGUACUCAAGACUCGUAAACACACUGGGGUCAAGCUUGCUCUCAAGAUCUUCGAUGCCGCUGCUGAGCUCCUCCGCACCCAACUUGCCCAUGCUAAAAAAGAAAAGUUUGAGUAACUUCCCUCGUCCAUUGAUUCUUCCUACACAUCAGGGUGUAUUCCUGUCUUUUAUUAUUUAUCCAAUAAUUGAGUUUCUCUAUGGAGUGUUUGGAGUCAAUACUCUUUGGGGUAUUUUAGUUGUCCUUGUACUCUCUCUGUCUGUCUCUCUCUCUCGUAGAAAAUGUUUUGCGUUUGUAAAAGGAUAAAAAAUGAAUAAAUUGUUAUUGACCUUUUGUGCA